AUCGCCACUCGCACGCCUCUCCCGCUGUUCAGAGCCGGAGGAAGCGCUGGGAACUGCUAGCGAGCGCUUGGAGUCAGGGCCAGCAGAGGGGGCGCCCGGCCGCUGCUUACACCGCCGCCUCCGCCGCGCUCGGGGGCUCCGAGAGCAGUGUGGGCAGGUCGGUGAGUCCGACAGCGGAGACUGGCAAGACCCAACCGCCGGAGGGCGUCCGCCGGACUCAGCGGUCUCUUGAACCCGAACCGGGUGCGCCCGCCGACCGCCCCACGGGCCGAGAAAGCAGGGAGCACAAGUCCCCGCAGCUCCCGGGAUGGUCUAGGAGCCAGCGCGAGAGUCUGCUCCGCUUGCUGCCGGAGCUAGCCUCCCCCUGCUGAUAGCCCAGGACUGCGAAUCGCCGCGGCAGGGGGCUGCGCGCCGGGGCUGCCCGGGCCAGAGAAGUUACUUGUGCGCGCCGCUUAGUGCGCUGAGCCAGCGAACCAGCGGGGGAGGCUGCAAAGCUCCGGGGCCAUGGGCUGGGGGAGCCGCUGUGGCUGCCCGGGACGGCUGGAUCUGCUGUGCUUGCUGGCGCUGCUCGGGGGCUGCCUGCUCCCGGUGUGCCGAACGCGCGUCUACACCAACCACUGGGCAGUCAAAAUUACCGGCGGCUUCCCGGAGGCCAACCGCAUAGCCAGCAAAUACGGAUUCAUCAAUAUAGGACAGAUUGGGGCCCUCAAGGACUAUUACCACUUCUACCAUAGCAGGACGAUUAAAAGGUCAGUUCUCUCAAGCAGAGGAACCCACAGUUUCAUUUCAAUGGAACCAAAGGUGGAGUGGAUCCAACAACAAGUGGUUAAAAAACGGACCAAGAGGGAUUAUGACUUCAGCCGUGCCCAGUCGACUUACUUCAAUGAUCCCAAGUGGCCCAGCAUGUGGUACAUGCACUGCAGUGACAACACGCAUCCCUGCCAGUCAGACAUGAAUAUUGAAGGCGCCUGGAAGAGAGGCUACACGGGAAAGAACAUUGUGGUCACCAUCCUGGACGAUGGCAUUGAGAGAACCCACCCGGAUCUGAUGCAGAACUACGAUGCUCUGGCAAGUUGCGAUGUCAAUGGGAAUGACUUGGACCCAAUGCCUCGUUAUGAUGCAAGCAACGAGAACAAGCACGGGACGCGCUGUGCUGGAGAAGUGGCAGCCGCAGCGAACAACUCACACUGCACAGUUGGAAUUGCUUUCAACGCCAAGAUUGGAGGAGUUCGAAUGCUGGAUGGAGAUGUCACAGACAUGGUUGAAGCGAAGUCAGUUAGCUUUAACCCCCAGCAUGUGCAUAUUUACAGUGCGAGCUGGGGCCCAGAUGAUGAUGGCAAGACUGUGGAUGGACCCGCUCCACUCACCCGGCAAGCCUUUGAGAACGGUGUUAGGAUGGGGCGGAGAGGCCUCGGCUCUGUUUUCGUCUGGGCAUCAGGCAAUGGUGGAAGGAGCAAAGACCACUGCUCCUGUGAUGGCUACACCAACAGCAUCUAUACCAUCUCCAUCAGCAGCACAGCUGAAAGUGGAAAGAAGCCUUGGUACCUGGAAGAAUGUUCUUCCACUCUGGCCACGACCUACAGCAGUGGAGAGUCCUACGAUAAGAAAAUAAUUACCACUGAUCUGAGACAGCGUUGCACAGACAACCACACGGGGACUUCGGCCUCAGCUCCCAUGGCUGCAGGCAUCAUCGCACUGGCCCUGGAAGCCAAUCCGUUUCUGACCUGGCGAGACGUGCAGCAUGUUAUUGUCAGGACUUCCCGUGCAGGACAUUUGAACGCUAAUGACUGGAAAACCAAUGCUGCUGGUUUUAAGGUGAGCCAUCUCUAUGGCUUUGGACUGAUGGAUGCAGAGGCCAUGGUGAUGGAGGCAGAGAAGUGGACCACUGUUCCCCAGCAGCACGUGUGUGUGGAGAGCACCGACCGACAAAUCAAGACAAUUCGCCCCAAUAGUGCAGUGCGCUCCAUCUACAAAGCUUCAGGCUGCUCCAGUAACCCCAACCGCCACGUCAACUACCUGGAACAUGUGGUAGUGCGCAUAACCAUCACACACCCCAGGAGGGGCGACCUGGCCAUCUACCUGACCUCACCGUCAGGAACCAGGUCCCAGCUUUUGGCCAACAGGCUUUUUGAUCAUUCCAUGGAAGGAUUUAAAAACUGGGAGUUCAUGACUAUUCACUGCUGGGGAGAACGAGCUGCUGGUGACUGGAUCCUUGAAGUUUAUGAUACCCCAUCUCAGCUGAGGAACUUCAAGACUCCAGGUAAACUGAAAGAAUGGUCUUUGGUCCUCUAUGGCACCUCUGUGCAACCGUACUCACCAACCAACGAGUUUCCUAAAGUAGAACGUUCUCGCUAUAGCCGAGUUGAAGACCCCACGGAUGACUAUGGAACGGAAGAGUACGCAGGUCCCUGUGACCCUGAGUGCAGUGAGGUUGGCUGUGACGGGCCAGGACCAGACCACUGCAAUGACUGUUUACACUACUACUACAAGCUGAAAAACAACACCAGGAUCUGUGUCUCGAGCUGUCCCCCUGGCCACUAUCACGCUGACAAGAAGCGAUGCAGAAAGUGUGCCCCCAACUGUGAGUCCUGCUUUGGGAGCCACGGUGACCAGUGCCUGUCCUGUAAAUACGGGUACUUCCUGAACGAAGAAACCAACAGCUGUGUGACUCACUGCCCCGAUGGAUCAUAUCAGGACACCAAGAAAAACCUGUGCCGGAAAUGCAGUGAAAACUGCAAGACAUGUACUGAAUUCCAUAACUGUACAGAAUGCAGGGAUGGGUUAAGCCUGCAGGGAUCGCGGUGCUACAUCACCUGUGAGGACGGAUGGUUCUUCAACGGGCAGGACUGCCAGCCCUGCCACCGCUUCUGCGCCACUUGUGCUGGGGCAGGUGCUGAUGGCUGCAUUAACUGCACGGAGGGUUACUUCAUGGAGGACGGGAGAUGUGUGCAGACCUGUAGUAUCAGCUAUUACUUUGACCACUCUUCAGAGAAUGGUCACAAAUCCUGCAAAAAAUGUGAGGCCAGCUGCUUGACUUGUAAUGGUCCUGGGUUCAGAAACUGUACCAGCUGCCCCAAUGGUUAUCUCUUAGACUUAGGAAUGUGUCAGAUGGGGGCCAUCUGCAAGGACGCAACGGAAGAGUCCUGGGCCGAAGGAGGCUUCUGUAUGCUAGUGAAAAAGAACAAUCUGUGCCAACGGAAGGUUCUUCAACAACUUUGCUGCAAAACAUGUACAUUCCAAGGCUGAGCUGCCGUCCUAGAUUUCUUUGUUCCUGUAGACUUAUAGAUUACUCCAUAUUAUUAUUAAAAAGAAAAAAAAAAACAAG